AUGGCUCGGACAGCAUCAAAGAAGGCUAACAAGCCUCUACAAGAUCCGCGACUACCACCACCGCCUUUCAUGAAGGUGCCAACAGCUCUGGAACCCUUUGUCGAAAGCCUGAACAAAGCUCAUGUCUACAUCGUCCAUGUCGACCGAUUCCCUGCAGCAUUCAAGAAGCGCAUUUUCACCGUACCCGUCCUGCUGAAUAUUGUCAUCGCCGCACUUUUGAUAUGGCGCAUCUACGCCAUUCUUCCGACCUACCUGGCAAUCUUCACCUCAGUCAUUGGCCUCGACUCACCCGCUACAAUUGACACAACCACCAAGACCAAAUCUCAUCUGGCAUGGGUCUUGACAAAGCGCGUGGCAAUGUUCAUGUUUGACUUUGUCCUUUGCCGCUUCAUCGUCCCAUGGCCUGUCACCUUCUUCCUUGAGGCACCCGCCAACCCGUGCUACUGGCGCAUCAAGGUCGGCUUCCGCGACCAAGAAGUCGCUGUGCGCAUCAGUCGUGACUGGGGUGCCGAGGAGCUUCUGGCAGGUGUCAAGACCGGUGGUGAGAGCCCUUUCUUCACGACUCGCAUUCUACCGGCCAUUGAACGCAACUACAUGCGCCAAAAGACGGCCUACCUCAUGAUGGGCAAGGACUGGGAUUUGGACUUUGGCGCCAUGGUAUAUGCUCACCGCCUCAUUGACGAUAAGAAGAACAAUCUCGAAGACUUUGAAAAGAGUGUACUUGCGUACAGUGAACACCAUGGAUGGCUUUACUGGCCGGUACACAAGAUGGACGAGGAAAGCGAGGAAGAAGAGAACAGGAAGAAGAUUGUUGCGCUCAAGGAUAGUCUGACUGUCAUGGGCAAGGAGAGUCUAUUUUUCCGCUGGAUUGAAAUUGUGCAGUACGAGAGCAGUCGUCCUGGCGGUUUUACCCAAGAGCGUCAAGUUGAGACAUUCAAGAAGGUGCAGCAGGAAUUUGAAAAGCACGGCGUCGACUUUAGAGAGCUACUCGAAAAGGUUGGUGGCUUCGACGGUAUGCCUGGUCUCCCUGGUUCACAGGUCCCAUCAUGA